AUGAUUUCACGAUCAUCUGUAAGCCGCGUUGCUCGCGAUGCGCGGCAGCUCCGUUCAAUUAAGAAUACGCCUGCCGCAUGUAGAAAUUUUCAGAUCAGCGCAUCGGAAGCUCCCUUGGAUGGCGAUCUUUUAAGCAAGACUCUUGAUUCUACAGAUCCUGCUGAUGCAAGAUUUGAAGUCAUUGGAGCGCCCUACUCUCUUCUUUCAGUCUCAUUGUCCGCAUCGCAAACAUUAUACACCCGACGAGGAACGUUGGUUGGAGUGAGCGGAAAAGCAGAAAAUGCCCAAUCAACAUUAUCGAUCCUUGAACCAUUUCGACGAGCCCCUCUCGGAAUUCCUUUCCUAUAUCAAAAAGUCUCCUCGACAAGUCCCAUAAAAGCACUGGUGUCAACGAAGAAUCCGAUCACAUCUAUGGAGGUAUUGCAUUUGGAUGGAAGAGAAGAUUGGAUGGUCACUCAGAGAGAUGCAUUGCUGGCUUGGACUGGCCAUAGGCUAUCUGUUUCACCGACAAUGAACAGAAGUAUGAGUAUCGCUCACUGGGGAAACACACAAAUUACAGGCAGAGGGCUCGUAGCUUUGGCUGGAGCAGGUCGAAUCUACGAAAUUACCCUGAAAGAAGGGGAGGAAUUCGUCGCACAUCCAGGAAAUGUCGUAGCGUACACAAUGAACCAAAAUCUACCUCUUCCCUACCGAUUAAAGGCCUCGAUCUUAAAAUUACAGGUCCCAACCUUGGGAUUCAGUAAGCUAUUGCCAGAUAUCAAAUUCUUCAGGGUUAUGCAACAAACAGAUUCGUGGAAUUUUGUGAAGAGGAUAGCUUUCACCUUGAGGACUGCAAUGAGAAGGACUAUCUGGGGUGAUAGGCUAUUUUUACAAUUUAGAGGACCAACUACACUCUUAAUGUCUACAAGGGCGACAAGGAUUAGCGACGUUUUGACGAAUAAAGAUAUCAAUGAAAUUGCGGAUGCUCCACCGGGUGCCGUAACGGAAGCUAUUGAAUUGGCAAAAGAACCCAAGUCAAUUUCACAAGUAACAAAGCAAACCAAGGAUGUACCGACUGGAUUUCAUUAUGCGGAGGUUAAUAAAGUUGGGAAAGUGAAGUUUGAAGAUGCUCCUGCUAGGUAG